GAAUCGCUCAGUCUGCACGGCAGCUACACUGUGCCAUCCAGUUUGAACGUGUUUUGUAGUGCACGGGAGAUCAUUAUCAGGCACGUGUAUGUACAUGCUUGGGGUAGAGUCUCUAGUAUUUGUUGUUCGCACGUUUAUCCAGCAUGGCUUGCCGGUUAUCCUUUCACACUACCUAUAACCUCAUCUGAAAGAUGACUCUUAGACACUGGGAUGGAAGAGAUAUUUGCAGCGAUUUUUGUGUAUCACUUGACCAUGCUGCAUCCAUCACAUGAACAUGUAUUAAAUGUCGUGUCUCAGAAGCGCAUUCUUCAUCAUCGAUCAAUGUUUUGUUAGUCUGUUUUCGAUUCGACCAAACCGUAUCAUAGACCAAACCAUAACAACUAGCCCAUUGAGGAUAUACAAACUACGGGAUUUACUCUCAUUUUAGUAUUGCUGCAUUUUAUUCAGCCUGUUUGACAUUCUUGUACCAAGGAUAUACUCUUUCUGGAUAUGCUGCAGAUAACAAUGAGGUUAUAAUGGCCGGCUUCUACUCUCAAAAUAAACUCGCCGAAAGCGCUACGAACAGCAUUGAGGAGGAAUUCCUGAACACUUCAGCAUGUUCCUCAUGGGUUGAUAACUGGUGCGCAACUGCUGAGCUGAAUAGACAAACUAAAACCAUAAGUACCUUGCUGGAGGAUGGGCAUGAUGUCCAGACUUUUGAAGAUGUGGAUGUAACCGACAACCACUGGUCAUCUUCCGCAGCACUACGUGGGGAAUGUUCAACGAGCUUUACCAAACCCAGUAACCUGAACCAGAAAGACUGUACACCACUUGGGUUUAGUGGCUCGAACGUCCGGGAACCGGCGGCGAACUAUGUUGACCCGACGAAACAUCAGUCCGGCCCCGUGGAAUCCGUACCGAAUACGGCGGCCAUGAACGCCGCCAAUGGAGGCGUGGAUGGGUCACGGGAGGGGUGUCGCACGGACCUCAAAACAUUGUCUCCGGGAAAACACAGACACAGACCGAGGAUUGGCGAACCUGCUUCACGAAGUAGCAGUCCCUACUCGUCCGACUCGUUAUCGUCAUCCAGUCUGUCAGAUCGCUCUGCAUCAACUACCCUGAAAGACACCUUCUCCAACGAGACAAAUGAGAAUUCGUCCAGUGGCUUUGACACGAGCGGCAGCAGCGACAAAGAGAAAACAACUCCCUGGUCCAUGGCUAACUUUGACCGGGUGCUCCACGACGCUCCCAAGCGGGAACAUAUCCGCUCCAGGAAGGUCACCGACAAAUCGCGAUCGUCAAACAACCAGGGGACUAAUAAGGUGGGCUACCAAUCAGACUCAGGAUCGUCAAGUUCCCAGUCUAGGAAUAAGCCAGCUAAAGCCUCGCAAGGGACACGAAGCAAACUGCAUCUUCACACACACGGAAGAACGGCCGAUAUACCCACGAACUACUCGGGAACAUCCACAAGCAGUGGCAAUCAGGGUCACGGACAUUUUGAUAAGAGCAAAACGAAAUUUGACGGCAUUGCAGAGGAUGCGUCUCAGGGUGAUGAUACUGGUAUUUCCACCGCUAACACGAGCGGGCAGUCCACGCAGUACCAGAGUAACUUUAGUAUGUCGUCCUCGUCCGGCGCUUGUGUGGAGUCGUCCCGGAAAGGCGGCAAAGAACGGACGAAGAACUUGCCGGGAAAAGUUAGUACACACUACCACAGCAUUAGGACACAGAGUAUAAACAAAGUGACUCCAGACCUGGCGGGUUCUACACCUCAUCACAAUAAUCAUUUCCAUCAGGGUCACCUGGAGCAGAGUGGCCCGAGUAAUGGCGAUUCUGCGAGCAACAGCGAGUCGGAGCGCAAGCGGCGUCGCUUCAACCGUACAUUCGUCUUGCUGCGUAACUGCGGGCUACUGGAACUCACUAUGCAGACUGCGUCACUGAUGCAGCAGAACUGCGUCAUGAACCAACAACUCUCUGCACUGCGGCAAGAGACAGGGGUGCUGUACAAUGCCAUCAGUCACCUCUCCUCAACGCAACCGUCGGCGUCUUUCGAUAUCGUCACCGCUCAUGGGAUAUUGAAGAACUUGAAGGGUAUUAUGAACCAUGAUGCGCCACCACACGGCAAUAAUCUGCCGAACAGUCAACAUGUCCGCAGGUUUACAGUUAAAAGGAACAGUUCGGGGGAGACUGUUAGUCCUGAUAGUCACACGCAGUCUUCAUCGGCACCUUUGAACAGUGGCAGUUCUACGUAGCUGUUUGAGAUCCCACUUUGCAUUCGUUUUCUAAUCUUCUGAUUGUGUUAUUUUUUGUACAGUAUAUUAUAAGUUUUCAUUUUGACUUAAUCAGGUAUUUAAGUGAAAGGCUUCCGAUCGUAUGGUAAUACUGCAGCUUCUUUUUGACCCGUUCACAAGUACAGACAUGUAUUUCGAAUUAAAGAAGUAAACUUAUUUAAUAAAUGACUUCUUUUUAUGUAAAAUAAUGCCAGAUAUGGGUAUUAAAGGCACUGGACACUAUUGGUAAUUACUUAAAAUAAUUGUUAACAUGAAAACUUACUUGGUAACGAGCA